AUGCCAGGGCGUUCGACAACAGAAGUCAUCCAUCUUGUAAGGAGACUGUUAGAGCAAUAUAGGGACAAGAAGAGGUACUUGCAUAUAGUUUUCAUUGACCUGGAAAAGGAAUAUGAUAAAGUCCCAAGGGAGGUCCUUUGGAGAUGUUUGGAUUUUAGCGAUGUACCUGUGUCUUAUAUUAGGGCUAUCCAGGACAUGUACGAUAGAGCCAAAAACCGAGUUAGGAUAGUGGGAGGUGUCUCGAAGCACUUUCUUAUUGAAAUGGGAUUCCACCACGGAUCAGCCAUUAGCAUGUUUCUUUUUGCCAUAGUGAUAGACAAAUUGACACGACAUAUUCAAGGGGAGGUGCUGUGGUGUAUGUUAUUCACUGACGACAUAGUAUUGAUUGACGAGACACGUGAUAGAGUUAAUGAUAGGCUAAAAAUAUGGACAGAGACUCUAGAGUCAAAAGGUUUUAAGUUAAGUAGGACUAAUACGGAGUAUUUGGAGUGCAAGUUCAGUGAUGUGACGUUUGAGGCGGAGGUGGAUGUGGAUAACGACGCACUAGCAUACCUAUGA